CUCUUCCUCCGAUGUUCGAAGGUCACUGCCUCCCCGUUUCACUGCAACACUGAAAGCUCCUAAAACCCAGCAGGAAUCCAAAUCCCUCGUAUAUUCACCAAAGUUCUCAACUUUCGAACGUUACAUGACAAGGUCUUGGUUCUAAACCUUAUUUUCUGGGAACUUAAACUGUUUCUGACCCUGUUAUUUGAUUUGAAGAACACAAAAUUCACGUGGGGUGUUGAUUUUUGUCUGUUGAGAAGAGUGUAAGCGAGUGUACCAUUGUUCAAUAUGCCUUCUGAGGACAGUUUAAGACAGAAGCUUAAAAAGAGGGCUAAACAUGUAGUAAGCAUUCCAAGAAACUCUUUGAGAAUUAAGAAGGAUGAAAUUUCUUUUGAGAGAAAUGGGGUUUUUGGUAGAGGACAUGAGACCGAGGGAAAGUUGAAGAAAAGGGUAAACUUCAAGGGAAAGCAUUUAAGUGAAGAAAUUGAGGAGAGAGGGCAGUUGAGGAUUUUGGAUUCUUCUGGGAAGAAGAAAGGGGUAUAUGCGAAGGAGGGGAGGCAUAAAAAUGGGAAGUUAGAGAAGGGUGUGGCGACAUCAAAGAAGAGAACUUUGUUUGAGAAAGGUGAGAAGAAAGUGAAAAAUGGUCCUGUUGAAGGGAACACUGGCCAUCGCACAAUGUGGGUUCCUGGUAAGUUAAGGAAUGUUGGUUCCAAUGUGAAGCGUUCGACUCACACGAUGAAGGAAAGGAAGCAAAAUGUCGUUUUGGCUACUGCUAAGCCGAAAGUAGAUCUACGAAAUGGUUUGGUGAAGAGAAGUAGAGAGAAGAAAUCUGAAUUGGGCAAAAGGAAAAGUAAUGAAUUUGUGUCUCCUUCGAGUUUUGUCAAUAAAAAAGCCAGAGAUAAAAUGGGAUUGGACCAUGAUGAUGCUGAGACACUAGAUGAGCGCCCAAAGAAGAAGAAAAAUGUGAUAAAACUUGACCCUCAUGAUAUCUCAAACAAGAGGCUAGAUGAUGGCAUUGGGGUUAAUGGAGGUGAAGAGGAGAAGGAAAAGGAGGAGUCUGAGAAAGAACCUAAAAUGUCCAAGAAUGCCCAGUUUCGUGCAAUUCAGCCCAGCCCUUCAAUACUUUCCUUUGUGGAAAAAAAUCUUUUGGGUAGGAGGCGCACCAUUGACCUAAGAAGGGCAGGUUACAAUAUAGAUCUUUCUGCACCGUUAGAUAAUAUUCCCUUCUCUAGCAAUUCAGAACGAGAGAAAAUAGAAGAAAAUGUUUUUAGGAAUAAAUUGGAAUUUUUUGCUGCGGCAAAGGUCUCAUCAUCAUUUCCACCUCCUAGUCUUCCAGAGAUUGCAUUUGCUGGUAGGUCAAAUGUCGGGAAGUCAUCGCUUCUUAAUGCCCUCACUAGACAGUGGGGAGUUGUGCGGACAUCAGAGAAGCCUGGCCUUACUCAGACAAUUAACUUCUUCAAGAUGGGAACAAAACUCUGCUUAGUUGAUUUGCCAGGAUACGGAUUUGCUUAUGCAAAAGAAGAAGUGAAAGACUCUUGGGAGGAGCUUGUGAAGGAGUAUGUUUCCACAAGAGCUGGCCUCAAACGAGUAUGUCUUCUGAUUGAUACAAAGUGGGGUAUGAAACCAAGAGAUCAUGAACUAAUUGAAUUAAUGGAAAGAUCAAAAACUAAAUAUCAGAUUGUAUUAACCAAGACAGAUGUGGUCUUUCCAAUUGAUGUGGCUCGACGAGCCAUGCAAAUUGAGGAGAGCCUCUUGCAGAACAAGUCUGUUGUUAAGCCUCUGAUGAUGGUAAGCUCAAAAUCUGGAGCAGGAAUCCGAAGCAUGAGAACUGUUCUAGCCAACAUUACUCGAUUUGCCAAAAGACUGUAAUAAGGCAUUGCCAUCGUUUAGCAACACAAGGAGUCUGGUGGUGUAUAUGCAGGAAUCUCUAUACAACUCAAUGUUCAUUCCUUAUUGAUGUUGAAUUCACUUUUCUUUGUUGUCCACAAGCUCGUUUCAUAUCUCAAGAAAUUGAAGAUUUCAUCUCAAUUGAGAAGAAUUUGACAAAAGAUUUUCUUAGUAAGAAUAGUUAACAUGUAUUCUGUGCUUCUUAGCUUCUUCAUGAACUGACUGCUGUUUGAAAAAAUGCCAUUAGUGUAAAAUUAAACUUGCGGAAACUGUUCUACACGAAUGUGGAAUAGAUUCUCUAUUUCUUUGUUUCCUUGACAUUCUGCAUUCAGUGUUGCAGAUGUUAGCAAAAUGGAAUGUAAUAGACCCCUGAUCUGAAAGAUCUGAAACUAAUAUUGCAUGGUAAUAAUGUCUUGUAUGUAUGAAACAUUGGUUGAGCUUAUUACUGGGAAAAAUUCUAUCA